GUUUAUCAUUAGCAGUCUUUUUCUCUUCUUUCGCCCUCAAUAAGAUUUCUAUAUCAGACUGCCAUAUCAGUCAUAGGUCAAAGAAUGGAUUAUUCGUUUAUAUCGCAAACAACUCUGCGGUAAGAAAAAGAUAUAAAGUUUAAGAUGAAUAUGCUGGCUAAAGCUCGUACAAUUUCUAGUAAGUUAAGUAUUCGCUAUUACAGUCAAAAAGUUGGUAUUAUCGGAGUACCCUUUGACAAAGGACAGGAAAAAGAAGGAGUAGCUCGUGGACCUGAAAUGAUUAGAGCAGCGAGAUUAGUAGACGAAUUAAAAAUAUUAGACUUAGAUGUGCGAGAUUAUGGCAAUGUGUCCUACGAUGCAAAUAAUAUAAAUGAUAUAAAAAAUAUGUCACAUUUGGGUCAUGUGGCUAAUUGUAUGAAUAAUUUAUCUAAACAAAUUCGACAAGUGUUACGUGAUGGCAGACAAGUAUUAACGAUUGGUGGUGAUCAUAGCUUGAGUAUUGGUACUAUCGACGGACAUAUCAAGGAAAGACAAAAUGUGGCAGUAAUAUGGGUUGAUGCUCACGCAGAUUUAAAUACUAACAAAACCAGUGAAAGCGGAAACGUACAUGGAAUGCCUGUAGCAUUAUUAACUUCGGAGCUGGCUGAUUAUUGGCCAUAUUUACCAGGCAUGGACUGGCAAAUGCCAAUAUUAUCUAUCAGAAACGUAGCUUAUAUUGGUUUGAGAUCCAUAGAUCGCUAUGAAAGAUUAGUGAUUGAAAAAUUUGGUAUUACCGCUUAUGGCAUGGAAGAUAUAGAACGUUAUGGUAUUCACGAUGUGAUGCAUAUGGCACUUAAUAAGAUAGAUCCUCAUAAUUCGAGAUCUCUACACGUUAGCUUCGAUAUCGACGCAUUAGAUCCGCUUGAGGCACCUAGCACUGGAACACCAGAUCAUUUUUGUGACCUGUACGCGGCACGGCGCAUUUUCCAGAUGCCAUUUUCAAGCCGCCAUUGCACUGUUGUCAUAAAAAAUUAAAGUUUGAAAAAAAUAUAUUUUUUACAUUGUAAUGUUCAUAAAUUGUAUCUUAAAUUUCAAAUCAAUCUACGCGUUACAUUUUUCCAAAAAAAUUCUUGAAAAAUAAGCUGUUUACAUGAGUUUCCCCCCUUAAUAAAUAAUCACUGAUUAACAUUGCUAUUCAAAUUUAGUCAUGAAUUUUUUCAAGUAUUAUAUUAUACACUUUAAAAAGUAUCAUUUAAACUUUCCAUAUACUACAAUAAAAUGACAAUGUACUUUAAUUAUGUUCAUGAUACAGAAACUAACUACAUUUCUAGCCGUAAAAA